GCGGGUGUGUCUCUCUCUCUCUCGGCGGAGGCCAUGGCCAGCGAGGUGCGCAAAUUCACCAAGCGGCUGAGCAAGCCAGGGACGGCGGCCGAGCUCCGGCAGAGUGUCUCCGAGGCAGUGCGAGGAGGAGGAGGAUCCCCGGGGAAGGAGAAGACGAAGGUGAUCGAACCCUUGGACUACGAGAAUGUCAUCUCCCAGAGGAAGGCGCAGAUUUACAGCGAUCCCCUUCGGGAUCUGCUCAUGUUCCCCAUGGAAGACGCCUCCGUCUCGGUCAUUCAUCGCCAGAGGAGGACGGUCCAGUCUUCUGUGCCAGAAGAUGCUCUGAAAAAGGCCCAGAGUCUCUUUGUUCAAGAGUGCAUUAAAAGCUACAGCUCAGACUGGAACGUCGUGAACUACAAAUAUGAGGACUACUCGGGGGAUUUCCGCAUGUUGCCUUGCAAAUCCUUUCGGCCGGACAAGAUCCCAAGCCACGUGUUUGAAAUUGACGAAGACUUUGAAAAAGACGAGGAUUCCUCAUCUUUGUGUUCUCAGAAGGGCGGCGUGAUCAAACAGGGAUGGCUUUACAAGGCCAACGUCAACAGCACCAUCACAGUGAGCAUGAAGGUCUUCAAGAGAAGGUAUUUUUAUCUCACACAGCUUCCGGACGGCUCUUAUAUCCUCAAUUCCUACAAAGAUGAAAAGACCUCCAAGGAAUCCAAAGGCUGCAUCUUCUUGGAUUCAUGCAUCGAUGUGGUCCAGUGUCCGAAGAUGCGGCGCAACGCCUUUGAGCUCAAGAUGCUGGACAAGUACAGCCACUACCUGGCGGCCGAAAGUGAACCGGAGAUGGAGGAAUGGUUGGGGACUUUGCGGAAGAUCAUCCAGAUCAAUACGGAGAGCCUGGUGCAGGAGAAAAAGGAGGCGGUGGAAGCCCUGCCAGAUGACGAAACCGUCAGCCAGGGAAAGUCGGAGAACAUCCUGGAGAGCUUGGAGCGAAGCAUGCAUCCGGAGCUCAUGAAGUAUGGAAGGGAAACGGAGCAGCUGAACAAGCUCAGCAGAAACGACGGGAGGCAGAACCUCUUCUCUUUCGAUCCGGAAGUGCAGAGGCUUGAUUUCUCCGGAAUAGAGCCAGACGUGAAACCGUUUGAGGAAAAAUGCAGCCAGCGUUUCCUGGUGAACUGUCACACCUUGACUUUCAACCUUGUUGCGCAACUGAAUGACCAAACUAAGGACCUGCCGACAAACGUGGAGCCGUUUUUUCUCAGCCUUGCCCUAUUCGAUCUGAAAAGCUGUUGCAAGAUUUCGGCAGAUUUCCACGUCGACUUGAACCCCUCGCCCGUCCGAGAGAUGCUGCCCGAUUUCUCGGCUCAGGAACCCGGAGGCAAUUCCCUGAACAACCACUUCCUUGACCGGAUCACGGAGUCCCAUUUGCGCUACGUAAAGCAAGGGGUCUUCUCCGUUACAAACCCUCACCCAGAAAUAUUCCUCAUCGCCCGGGUGGAGAAGGUCCUUCAGGGGAGCAUCACACAUUGCGUGGAGCCUUACAUCAAGAACUCUGACCCCGUGAAGACAGCACAGAAGGUCCACAAGCUUGCCAAAGUGGUGUGCAGCCGCCUCGGACAGUACAGGAUGCCAUUUGCUUGGGCCGCCCGACCGGUCUUCAAAGACUGUCAAGGCACAUUGGAUCUAGAUGGGAAAUUCUCUCCUCUUUAUAAGCAGGACAGUAGCAGACUCUCAACAGAGGAUCUUCUCAAGCUCUUGGCAGAGUAUAAGAAACCAGAAAAGACCAAGCUGCAAGUGAUACCUGGCCAGUUAAAUAUUACAUUGCAGUGCGUUCCCUUGGAUUUCUCAAAUUGUGUCACAUCCUCUUAUAUUCCCAUUAAACCCUUCGAGAAGCAGGACCAAGGGGCUGACAUUGCCGUCGAGGUGGAAGAGUUUGUCCCAGACAUUGCAAAGUACUCUCACCCCUUCGCCAUCUACAAGAACCAGCUCUACAUCUACCCUUUGCACUUAAAGUACGACAGCCAGAAAACCUUUGCCAAGGCGAGGAACAUCGCCAUCCGCGUUGAAUUCAAAGACUCUGACGAAGGGGACGCCAAAGCUUUAAAGUGCUUCUAUGGAAAGCCUGGGGGUCCGCUUUUGACCUGGAGCGCCUUUGCUUGCGUGUCACAUCACAAUCAGAACCCAGAGUUUUAUGACGAGAUUAAAAUUGAGCUUCCAAUCCACCUCCAUCAAAAGCAUCAUUUGCUUUUCACCUUCUAUCAUGUCAGCUGUGAAAUUAACACAAAGGGGACGGCGAAAAAGCAGGACACCGUCGAGACAACAGUGGGAUUUUCUUGGCUUCCUUUGCUGAAGGACGGUCGGAUCCUUACCUCUGAACAACACCUCCCUGUUUCUGCCAAUUUGCCCGCUGGCUACCUGAACGUCGGGGAGAACGAGGCACGAAAGCAACCAAAUGUUGACAUCAAGUGGGUCGAUGGGGCGAAAUCUCUCUUUAAGGUCAAGCUCCAUCUGGAGUCCACAAUUUACACUCAGGAUCUCCACCUCCAUAAGUUCUUCCAGUAUUGCCAGAUGAUCCAGGCAGGUGCCAAAGAAGUCCCAGGGGAACUUGUGAAGCAUUUAAAGUGUUUGCAUGCCAUGGAGAUCCAAGUAAUGAUCCAAUUUUUGCCAGUGAUUCUCACGCAGCUAUUUAGAGUCCUCACCCACCAGACGCAAGAGGAGGAAAUUGCUGUCAACUGUACCAUGGUUAUCCUCCAUAUUGUAUCCAGAUGUCACGAGGAAGGCCUUGACCAUGACUUGCGGUCUUUCAUCAAGUAUUGCUUCCGACCGGAGAAGCCCACCGUGCCCCAGAACAAGACAACUCAUGAAAUCUUGGCUCUUGCAAUGACAACCAUUCUCAAGCAAUCUGCAGAUUUCUUGGCCAUCAAUAAGAUGCUGAAGUAUUCGUGGUUUUUCUUUGAAGCCCUGGCUAAGUCAAUGGCCAUGUACCUCCUGGAGGAGAACAAGAUUAAGCUCCCCAGGGUUCAACGAUUUCCUGACUCCUACAACCACGCGUUACACUCUCUCCUCCUUUCCAUCAUCCCUCAUGUCAACAUUCGCUACAGCGAAAUCCCAGAGGAGUCCAGAAACGUCAAUUUCAGCUUGGCCAGUUUCCUGAAGCGAUGUCUGACCUUCAUGGACCGAGGGUAUAUCUUCAACUUGAUCAAUGACUACAUUUCUGGAUUCAGCCCCAAAGACCCCAAGCUGUUGGUGGAAUACAAGUUUGAGUUUCUGCAAACAGUUUGUAACCAUGAGCACUACAUCCCAUUGAAUUUGCCAAUGACCUUUGCCAAACCGAAACUUCAGAGGGUCCAAGAUUUCUUUUCCCUGGCUCUGGAUCUGUUCACUUCAGUCGACACGAAUCUGGAGUACAGCUUGUCGGAUGAAUAUUGUCGCCACCAUUUCUUGGUGGGCUUGCUCCUGAGAGAGACCUUGGUUGCCCUUCAGGACAACUACGACGUCCGGUUCCUGGCCAUCAGCAUCUUGAAGAGUCUUCUAAUAAAACACGCUUUUGACAACAGAUACCAGCAUAAGAACCAGCAAGCCAAAAUUGCUCAGCUGUAUUUGCCUCUGGUCGGACUCCUUUUAGAGAACAUCCAGCGCUUGGCCGGCCGGGACACUUUGUACUCUUGCAGCGCGAUGUCCACUUCUGCAUCCCGAGAAGAAUUCAUGUGCAAUUUCACAUCACCUUCGAACAGGUCCAGCCUCCUUGCUGAUAAAGACUCACUUUAUGGCACCCCUCUGCAAAAUGGCCUCUCCAUCAAGAGAGAGGACUCCAAAGGCUCCCUCUGCUCCGAAGGAGGAGGAACGUCUCCUGACCAAAGCGGUGCUGAAAACAUACGGAGGGGCUCCACGCGGAGUAGCAUCUCCCAGUUCGGACGGCUGGACCCCUACGAGAUCCGGAGUCUCCUUAUCUGCUAUCUUUAUAUCAUCAAAAUGAUUUCAGAAGAUACGCUGUUGACCUACUGGAACAAAAUAUCACCCCAGGAUCUCAUGAACGUCCUUGCUCUCCUAGAAGUCUGUCUGUUUCACUUCAGAUAUGUCGGGAAAAGAAACAUCGCCAGGGUCCACGAUGCUUGGUUCUCGAAGCACAUGGGCAUUGACCGGAAAUCCCAGACAAUGCCAGCCCUGCGGAGUAGGGCAGGAACCAUCCAGGCCCGGCUUCAACACUUGGGGAGCUUGGAUAGCUCAUUCACAUUGAAUCACAGUUCAUCCGAAGCAGACAUCUUGCACCAGGCUUUGCUGGAAGGCAACACGGCGACCGAAGUUUCUCUGACGGUCCUGGACACCAUUUCGUUCUUCACUCAGUGCUUCAAGAACCAGCUCUUGAACAACGAUGGACACAAUCCUCUGAUGAAGAAGGUUUUCGAUAUCCAUCUUGCCUUUCUCAGAAACGGACAGUCAGAAGCGGCCCUCAAGCAUGUCUUUGCAUCGCUGCGAUCGUUCAUCAACAAGUUCCCUUCGGCUUUCUUCAAGGGCCGGGUGAAUAUGUGUGCCACCUUUUGCUAUGAGGUCCUCAAGUGUUGCACCUCCAAACUCAGCUCCACGCGAAACGAAGCCUCUGCGCUCCUCUACCUCCUCAUGAGGAACAACUUCGAGUUCACCAAGCGGAAAACCUUUUUACGAACACACCUCCAGAUCAUUAUUGCUGUAAGCCAGCUGAUUGCUGAUGUGGCACUUAGCGGCGGUUCGAGAUUCCAGGAGUCUCUGUCAAUUAUCAAUAACUUUGCCAAUAGCGACCGGCCAGUGAAGGCAACCGCUUUUCCUUCCGAAGUCAAAGACUUGACCAAGAAGAUCCGGACGGUCUUGAUGGCCACAGCGCAGAUGAAGGAGCAUGAGAAGGACCCGGAGAUGUUGGUGGACCUCCAGUACAGCUUGGCCAAGUCCUACGCCAGUACGCCGGAGCUAAGGAAGACGUGGCUGGACAGCAUGGCCAAGAUCCACGUCAAGAAUGGAGACUUCUCUGAGGCAGCCAUGUGCUACGUCCACAUAGCAGCACUGGUGGCAGAGUUUCUUCAUCGGAAAAAAUUAUUUCCUGCUGGAUGCUCCUCUUUCAAGAAAAUUACACCCAACAUUGACGAAGAGGGAGCCAUGAAAGAAGACGCUGGGAUGAUGGAUGUCCAUUACAGUGAGGAGGUCCUGGUGGAGUUAUUGGAACAGUGUGUCGAAGGCCUUUGGAAAGCAGAGCGUUACGAAACCAUAGCAGAGAUUUCCAAGCUGAUCAUCCCGAUCUACGAAAAGCGCCGCGAGUUUGAGAAACUGACCCAGAUGUACAGAACGCUCCACGGAGCUUACACCAAAGUCCUAGAAGUGAUGCAGAACAAAAAGAGGCUGCUGGGCACCUAUUUUCGGGUUGCUUUUUAUGGGCAGACGUUUUUUGAAGAAGAGGAUGGCAAAGAGUAUAUCUACAAGGAGCCCAAACUCACAGGCCUUUCGGAGAUCUCCUUCCGGCUGCUGAAACUUUACGGGGAAAAAUUUGGAGCCGAGAACGUCAAAAUCAUCCAGGAUUCAAAUAAGGUGAACCUCAAAGACCUGGAUCCCAAAUAUGCGCACAUCCAAGUGACCUACCUGAAGCCUUACUUUGAUGAGAAGGAGCUCUCCGACAGGAAGACGGAUUUCGAAAGGAGCCACAAUAUCAACCGGUUUGUCUUUGAGACACCGUACACGUUGUCCGGGAAGAAACACGGGAGUGUGGAAGAGCAGUGCAAGAGGAGGACGAUCCUCACCACGUCCAACUCUUUCCCGUAUGUCAAAAAGAGGAUUCCCGUCAGCUACGAGCAAAUGGUCAACCUGAAGCCUAUCGACGUGGCGUCUGACGAAAUUAAAGCCAAAACAGCUGAGUUGCAGCAAGUCUGCGCAUCGCCCGACGUGGACAUGAUCCAACUCCAGCUGAAGCUGCAGGGCUCCGUUUCGGUGCAAGUCAAUGCUGGCCCUCUGGCCUACGCCCGGGCGUUCCUCGAUGACAAGCAUUCCAGCAAAUAUCCUGCCAAGAAGGUGAACGAAUUGAAAGAAAUGUUCCGGAAGUUUAUCCAGGCCUGCGGCAUUGCCUUAGAGCUCAACGAACGGCUGAUCAAAGAGGACCAGGCAGAGUACCACGAAGAGCUGAAGUCCAACUUCAGGGACAUGGCGAAAGAGCUUUCCGACAUCAUCCACGAACAGAUAUACCAGGAAGAUACCAUCCAUUCCUCGUGGAUGCACAACACUUUGCACGUGUUUUGUGCCAUCAGCGGGACUUCGGGAGAUGGCUACGGCUCACUGAGAUCUACACCAGACCUUUAAAAGCGAGGAGCAACGGCUGACAUUUUGCAGGACUUUCUCAGGAAUACUUGGAACUGAAUGAUAUUAUCCUUCAAACUGGCAAUGCAAUGCACUCCAUAUUUUCCUUUAUUUCCAAAGCAGAGCCACUGAGCAGCCAGGAAAAAGCUCCCUGCCUUAUAUAUGUGUAUAUAUAUAUAUUGUCCCCUUUCCUUUCCAUUGCAUUGUCAAAUAUAUACAAGACACCAAAAGCAUUUAUCCAGCCACAGUACUGAAGACCGAGCUUGACAAUGGUACCGUGUAAAAUUGUACAAUGGAAUAUAAUAAAGUGUAAAAAUGUUUUCUUUUUACAUGUUGUAAAUAAGCUGUAGUUUGUAUAUGUGUAUGUGUGUGUGUAUGCACAUGUGUGCAUGAUGCACAACAUAAAAAGCAGAUG